UCGUUCAUUCAUUCCGAGUUAUGCGUUCGCUGUGCGCAGAUCGAUCGAUCGUCACCGUGUGUUGUUCGCGUUCGUUUGCUUUGUGAUCUUUCGCGUUGUGAAGUUGUUGUUUGAAGAGGAGGAGGAAGAAGAAGAAGAAGGAAGAAAAAUCAAAACCUGCUCGUUUUUUAUUAUUACUGGUGUGGAGCAAGGUGCUGCUUAAUAAAAGAAAGCAGCACACAGUUUCCGCGUGCGUGUGCGUUAAAGUGUGAUUAAGUGAGAAAACAAGAAAAAUUCCACCCAUUCAGUGUGUGUGCGCGUGUGUGCAUGUUCCGGAUGCAAAAGAUUUUGUGCUGACAAAUUAAAUCGUUUAUCUCAGUGACGUUUACGAUUGUGAGAGUGAAGCAAAAAAGCCCAAACAAACCCGCAUUUGGAAAGUGUCGUUUAAGUUGCAAAAAAAAACGGAAACUAGAAUUGGCCCACGCUUCAAGCACCAACACACGCGUGUUCAUGUGUGCGUACGUGUGGUGCAGCCGGUGAUGCUCGUUUAAGCGUGUUUCGACAGCAAAACAGGCAAGACAAAAUUGAGUCGCACACGAGUGCCGUUCGCGAACGACCGAGGACCCCGCCGACGACGACUGCCACCUUCAUGAUCGACACGUGCCGUACGGAGGAGAAGGUGUUCAAGAUUGCCACCAACUACAAGAUGCCGACGCUGCAGCCCCGGAUCGGUUUCAGCAUCGACUCGAUAGUCGGCAACACCACCCCGAAAUCGCCCCCAUCCCCCCCGCACACCAUCACCAAACCGGAAACGGGUGGUGCGGGUGGUCCGGGUGGUGGCCCCACCCAGCGUACGCCCAGCCCGCUCGCGUCCGAAAGCUACUCGGUGCGGUUGAACCGGCUCCAGAGUCUAUCGCCACCGCACAACUACAGCAUCACGCGCCUUCCGGAAAGUCCGCAAAGUCUGGAAGGAAGCCACGCAAGCGUCCGAUCGCUCGAGGCACUACAGUCACGCCUUUCGCCCCCGGUGAGCCACUCCAGCCCGGGCGCAGUUCCGCUUUCCCUCAAACGACCGCGCAGUCCAUCGCCGCCCGCAUCACCUCCCCCACCGCCAUCCGGUGUCGUCGGGAUGGGUAUGGGAGGACCGCAGGGAGGACCAGCACCACCACCACCACCCGGUGGUCCAUCGGUUGGACCGAUCGUUGUGCCCGGGCUACCGCCAGGACUCGUCCGCCCGUUCCCGGUCAGUCCCUCGCAACCACCCGCACAUCCUUCACACCCAUCAGCCCAGGGUCAACCGGGCCAAACGGACAUCAAGUCGUUGCCACCGUUCCUGCACACGCCCGAGAUGGUACAGGCGGCCCAUAAUCAACACUUUCUGGCCGCACAGUUCCAGGCGGCGGCACUGGCCCACGCCCAGGCUGGCCAACCGUUCCCACCGCAUCCGGCCACCGCGCAUCUGCACAAUCCGAACCUGCCGCCGCGGGACAGCUAUCCGCUCUAUCCGUGGCUGUUGAGCCGCCAUGGACGUGGUGUGUUCCCGAUCGGAUUCCCUGGAAACUACCUCAUACCGUUCCGCAAGUCGAAGCGAGUCCGGACCGCAUUCUCACCCUCGCAACUACUCAAGCUGGAGCACGCGUUCGAGAGCAACCACUACGUCGUCGGUGCGGAGCGUAAGCAGCUCGCCCAGAACCUAAACCUCUCCGAGACGCAGGUGAAAGUAUGGUUCCAGAAUCGUCGCACGAAACACAAGCGCAUGCAGCAGGAAGAGGGUGGCUCCGGAUCGGGCAAAUCGACCGACGGCGAUCAUCAGAAUCGGUCCGCCUCGAGCCCAACCGGUAGCUGCGAGGAGGAGGACGACGAGGACGAAUUCAUCGACAUGGACGAUUGUCCGAGCGAUGAGGAAAAUAUGCACCACAAUGGCUAAAAUUAAAAAAAAAUUUGGGACACUUUUCAUCGCCACGUCGGUUUGACGUCAGUGCCAAAAAACAAAACAUCCGCUUUUGUCUGGAAAACCCUGCUGUCGCGUGGCGCACGGUAACCAUUUGUACCCAGUGAGUAGAGAAGUUCGGAGGUGUUCGUUGGCUUUCCUUUGUUUAUGGUAAAAUUAAUUCGAAACACACACACAGAGACGGGCGUUGAAGCAGCCCACAACCGGAGCAAUCCCCUUUAUUUGAUAAGAAAUGAAAGUAUUACCGAGUUUUCCUAUAAUGUUGUUUGUAAAUUUUUGUGGUUAGGUUAGGCAAGAGAAGAUAAGGACACCAUUACCAGGAGGGAAUAUGUUUUUUUUCCUUGUUCGUAAAUCGACACAUGUACAUAGUCGCCAUAGGCCGGUAGGAAUAGAGUGGUGGCGCCCCUUGUUUGCGAAACGUGUUAGUCAUGUAGUAUAACCCUGUAACCCCGGUUUUACACUAAUGCUGCUACUAUAGACGGUAAACAAUCUUCCGAUACGAGGCUACGAAGAGAGAGAGAGAGAGGGAGAGAGAGCACGAUUAGUGUACGCGGUUCCAUGCAGUUUCAAUUACAGCCACACAUCUCCCAAUCGAGCGAGCGAGUUAGUGACUGAGUGGUUAGUAACCCUGUAAAUUAUCGUAAUAUUUAAUGAACUAGCUAUAACAAAAACGCAUUCGGAUGUAGUAUGCAGCCGGACGAAGCAAACGUAUUGUAAUUGAUCAAUAAAUAUUAAACAAAACAUUAA